AUGACCAGCCUCCAGGUGUACCAGAGGCUGUGCGACAAAAAGAAGCCAAAGACCACGUUGAAAAACCAUACAUUCAAUAAAUUGCAGUUUAUCCGCUUUCUGGCCGUAAGCACUCCAGAGGACUGGCAAAACCGGAUUCUAGUGGCGCUGUAUCCGCAAGGGGAUAAUUCAGAAUACGUCACAGGCGCUCCAUUCAAAGCAGACCCCGACAACGGUCUGGUGACUUUGUUUGUGGAAGCGAACAACUCGUAUGACCCGAAGGCGCCCGAAGUUUCAUGA